AUGCCGAAGAAAGAACAAACCGUAAAACAUUUGGUCAUUGACACGUGCGUCAUUAUUGCUAAUGCCAGUCUGCAUACGCUUGCUGAGCAUUACUAUGCCCCGCCGGGAGUGGUCGAUGAAUUAUAUUCGCAAAAGGCACGCCAAAUAUGGGAUACACUGCCCUUCGAAGUCACAUUACGGGAACCUACAAAUGCAGGACUUCGCGCAGUUAUCGAAGCUUCUAAGAAAACUGGAGACUAUAAGUCGUUGUCGGUAGUCGACAUGAAAGUUAUAGCGUUGGCCUAUGAUUUAAAUCAACAAUAUGUCAAGGAAAAAGAAAUAGAGGAAGUGACGGAGGCGGAAAAUCAACAAAUUCUCGAUGACAUUAAUGACAAAAUGAAGCAAUGCAGAGUUGUUGAUGGAUCUGCGGCUGUAGCUGAACCUGAUGAUGAGGAUUCUGAUGAUACUGAUGACGAAGGAUGGAUUACACCAGAUAAUAUUGAUAAAGCUCUUGUGAAACUUGGAGGAUUUGAAGUCGAGGAAGAUGUGCUUGUUGGCUGUUGCACCACGGAUUUUGCACUUCAGAACGUUCUUCUCACGAUGAAUUUGAGUUUAGUGGCUCUCACUGGGUACCGAAUCCGCAAACUCAAAUCAUUUGUGCUCCGCUGCCGAGCAUGCUACAAUACCACCAGCAUAAUGACCAAAGAAUUCUGUCCAACAUGUGGACACAAAAUGCUGCACAAAUGCGCGGUGUCGGUCGACGAGAAUGGAACACAACAGCUGCACGUGAAUUGGAAUCGAAUGCAUAAUCGUCGCGGAAUGAUCUACUCCCUUCCAAAUCCGAAGGGCGGGAAACACGCUGUGAAUGAAAAACUAUUCGAAGACCAGCCCAUGCCACAGAUGCGAAUGGCAAAGGUCCGCGCUGAUCCGUUAGGCGAUGGACCUUUUGCAAUGCAUGAUGUAACUUCGAGGUCCGCUAUCCGUGGAAUUCGAACAAUGACAAAUCGCUCGAGGAAUAAUAGAAAUCGUAACGAAGGAAAAGGAGGACGAAGGAAAUAA